GUGAGUAUAAAACGAGUUGCUGUGAGGAAUUAGGGAAUAUUCCUGGGGAGAAAAUACACAGAGGGAGACUUUUCCAAGACUACAUAAUUAUCUUUAACGCAGGUCUCAGGAUGAAGAGCCUUCUCCAGUUUCUCGCAGUUUUUGCUGUGGUUUCUUUCUGCGUCUGCUAUGACUCUCAUGAGAGCACAGAAUCAGAAUCCGUUGAAGAUGUGUUUGUGCCUCCGAACCAAGCCAACUCGUUCAUCACGCCGCAGCAGGGGAACGCAUACAACCCACCGAGAGGGAGCACCUAUUACAACUUUGUGAGGAAGGUAAAGUCUCCGGCCGAGAGGCGUGCAGAGACCUGCGAGGAUUAUUCUCCGUGUCGUUACUACGCCUACACACACGGCUCCCAGCAGGCCUACCAGAGGUACUUUGCAGCCCGAAACGUGCCUCAGUCACCAGCCGGGGCGCGGAGACACUGAACAGAAAUCCUGCAGAAUCACCAUCAAACAGUCUGAGGAUGAACGGCGUGCCUUCGAUCCCCGAAUCACAACUUUUAUGUAAUUGAUGUGGUUGUUUUUGUGGCCUCUUCUAAAUAUCCCAUCAUUACACACGUGUAGAAAUCCUUUGUGUAAUCUCAGGAUAGUUUGUAUCCACUAUUAUCACACCUUCACAGCAUUUAAGAGCUUUAUGUGAAGCGCACGGAGGAAGUGUGUCGCUCGCUAUGCACUAACUGUUUCUCACAUUAUCCUUAUUUAUCCAGCACUGCUGUCAGUGAGUAUCUCCAUUGCUUUGAAAUAAACAAAUAAAAUCUAAUUUACUUAA